UCUAACACCACGCAUUCUCUGUAAUAAUCCCUUUCUUCCUCCUCAACUCCAUCCUGCCAGCUACCAUUUCAUGUGACCUUUGCCCCACUUCAUUCUCUCCACUAAAUUAUAAGAAUCAUCCGCCAUUUUUGUGGGUUUUCUAACACAAAGUCACAGAACAAAUUACAUGUCUGUGUGUUGUGGAGUUGAGUGGUUUUUAGCUCUGGGUUGUCUCCGAUGGGCUUGGAAGCGGUGUACUUAUAUCGGCGGUGACGACAGUGCUUCUUGGCCAACUGCCACCGCCGAAGAGUUCGAAUCCGUCCCACACCUCUGCCGCAUCAUCCUUGCCGUAUACGAGGAAGAUCUCCACAAACCCAAAUUCCCACCACUUGGUGGAUACCGAUUAAACCCCGAUUACGUCGUUAAACGAGUUACCUACCAGCAAACCCUCGGCCAGGCGCCGCCUCACCUGAUUUACCUCGACCACACUCGCCGUGAGAUCGUACUAGCUAUCAGAGGAUUGAAUUUGAAGAAAGAAAGCGAUUACAAGCUGUUAUUGAACAAUCGAUUAGGGAUGCAGAUGUUUGACGGUGGAUAUGUUCAUCAUGGGCUAUUGAAAUCGGCGGUUUGGUUGUUGAAUCAGGAAUCGGAGAAUCUGAAACGAUUAUGGGUGGAGAAUGGGUCGUGCUACAAGAUGGUGUUCGUGGGUCAUUCACUUGGGUCAGGUGUGGCGGCAUUGAUGACGGUGAUCGUGGUGAAUCAUAGGGAUAUGCUUGGUGGGAUCCGGCGGGAGAUGGUGAGGUGUUUUGCUCUUGCUCCGGCGAGGUGUAUGUCGCUCAAUUUGGCAGUCAAGUAUGCCGAUGUCAUUUAUUCAGUUGUGUUGCAGGAUGAUUUCUUACCAAGAACACCCACCCCAUUGGAAGACAUAUUCACAUCGAUUUUCUGCUUGCCCUGCUUGAUCUUUUUGGUUUGCUUGAGGGACACUUUCGUACCCGAAGGUCGGAAGCUACGAGAUCCACGAAGAUUAUAUGCACCUGGCCGAAUCUACCAUAUCGUUGAGAGAAAGUUCUGCAGAUGUGGGAGAUACCCUCCGGAGGUCAGAACUGCAAUUCCUGUUGAUGGUAGAUUUGAACAUAUUGUUCUAUCGUCGCAUGCUACAGCCGAUCAUGCAAUCAUCUGGAUUCACAGAGAAGCGGAGAAGGCUUUAAACUUACUGAAGGAAAAGGAUCCAGAAAGUAUUAUGAUGGCACCAAAGGUACAAAAAUUCGAUCGGUUGCAAUCGAUCGAGAAAGAACACAAGGACGCUUUAGAAAGAGCCGUGAGCCUCAACAUACCGCAUGCCGUGAAGACCACCGAUGAAAACGAACCUCGAGAAUCCAUCGAUGAAGAAGAAUCAACAGCCGACAAGUUGGAUGCGGAGCAUCAAAGUGGAGAUACGAUAUCAAAACCUGGGAAAACUAAUUGGAACUUUUUGGUAGACAGAUUGCUCGAAAGGACUGAAUCGGGUAAGCUAAUAACAAGAGAAGCUGAUUCAUGCUAACAUGUAAUUGAAAACUACGUUUUGUGAAAUCCAUUCUUGUCGAGUCACCCAUUUGA